CUUAGCCUUUCCUCAACUAUUGAUACCAGUAGUUUUUGAUGUCAUUGACACAAGACUGGAUAUGUAUCUCAUUCAACGUCAGCAAGGAAGACAGAUCCAACCCUUUUAUGAAGUCUUGAGUAUUUGGAAUCAAGUCUAUCCGCUUCCCAAUGUUAAACAAGAGCCUAGUCUAGAUCAGAUCCGUCAUGAUGCCGCUCGGUUCUUAAUCAGAGCAGGUAUGUAUAUCUUGAUCUAUAUACCACUCUUUGGCUUUAUGGAUGGGUUUGUCAGAGUCUGUCAAGAACCACCUGAAUCACUGAAUACGACUGACGCCUAUCUGAGUCGAGUAUGGACUUUGGGACAUCCUUCUUUCAAGUUUUUAUUCUAUUAUUUCUGGAUAGGUAUCACACUCACACUUCAUAUUGUGAUUAUACCUCUUCUCCAUCUUGUUUUUCAUGCCAUUCAACUAAAUCUGGUGAUUUGGUUGCCUUUUCAUCACAAGUUACGUGUACGACUGCACCAUGAUCUCGCUCAGUUUGUUGCUCAGCCUUCCUUGUUCACCAAACCCUGGUUGACUCGCUCUGUACAUGAUCUCUGGUCAAGGCGAUGGCAUCAGGUCUUUCGUUCAGGAUUUCUUCAGUUAGCUUAUUCGCCUGUCAGACGAUGGUUUACCAACAAGACAAUAGGAAGAUGUGCAGGUACAAUGGCUGUCUUUAUCUGUUCUGUUCUCAUGCAUGACUAUCUGACCUUGGCCAUGAUGGGUUAUUCUUCGCCUAAAAAGGGUGUUUGAGGACACCAGACUCUAUUUUUUACUUUACAAGGCGUAGGCACCUUAGUGUCUCUCAAGAGCCCUGGUUUGCCUACUUGGCUUGCUUGGUUAUUGACUUGGAUCUGGAUUGUCUAUACAGCUCCUAUCUUUUUAGAACCUUAUAUUCGAUUAGGCUACCAUCAUUUUGCUCAAGUACCUGGAUUUCCUAAUUUCUUAGACCCUUUGAUGGGCAAAUUAUGUCCUUUUGG